AUGUUGCCUGAAUUUAUUUUUGAAGAUGUAACUGAAAUAUUUCUGUUUGUCGCAAAGUAUAUUCCGAGAGCGGCUGCUGUCUCUCGAGAUGACUUGAUAGUUUUCAUUAUCACUUUUCUCAAAUCAUCAUCUUAUAUUAAGAAACCCUAUUUGAAGGCAAAAUUAGUAGAGAUUUUAUUCUACUUUACGUUUCGUAGUAAUGAUCGUGAAGUUGGUAUGGUAUCAUUAUUGAAUUCACAUCCUCUUGCUCUGAAUCAUCUGUUGCCAGCUCUAAUGUCCUUUUAUGUUGAGGUGGAACAAACUGGUGCACAUACGCAAUUUUAUGAUAAAUUUAAUAUUCGAUAUAAUAUUUCACAAAUAUUCAAGGCAAUAUGGGGUAAUCAUUUGCAUAAAGAAAAAUUAAAAGAAGAGAGUCGUAACAUCGAUUCCUUUGUUCGAUUUGCAAAUUUGUUGAUGAAUGAUGUUACCUAUUUAUUGGAUGAAAGUUUAAGAAAACUUGCAGAAAUUCAUUCUAUACAAACCGAAAUGGAUAAUAAAGAGGAGUGGGAGAAUCAAACACAGCAAUAUCGCCAAGAGCGCGAAGGCACACUCCGAUCUGAUGAACGAUCAGCGACCUCAUACAUGUCACUUGGGAAUGAAACAGUAGAGAUGUUGGUAUUUAUGACUUCAGAAGUUGCGGAUCCAUUCCUUACACCUCAAAUGGUUGAUCGAUUGGCAGCGAUGUUGGACUAUAAUUUAAAGUCACUAGUUGGACCAAAAUGUACCGAACUUAAAGUUCGAAAUCCAGAAACAUAUAGUUUUAAACCUAAAGAAUUAUUGUCGCAAUUGGUUAAUAUUUAUUUGAACUUAUGUAAACAUAAAGAAUUUGUACACGCAGUUGCAAUCGAUCAACGAAGUUAUGAUCAAAAGUAUUUUUCAAAAGCAGUUAGUAUUUUAUUGAAAUGGGGAUUAAUUUCUGAUAAGAAUGCCAGUGAGCUGGAGAAAUUUGUUAAUGAAGUGGAAGUAACAAUUAAAUCGGAAGGAGAUGAUGAGUUGGGUGAAAUUCCAGAUGAAUUUUUGGAUCCAGUUUUGUAUACUAUUAUGGAAGAUCCUGUAAUUCUACCCGGUUCGAGAGUAACCGUCGAUCGAAGUACUAUUAAAACACAUCUAUUAAGUGAUACAACAGAUCCAUUUAAUAGAAUGCCAUUAAAUAUUGAGGAUGUUAUAUCAAAUACUGAAUUAAAGGAACGUAUAGAAAAAUUUCUGCAGGAAAAGCGGCAAAAAUAA